AUCUGCGCAGGCGCACUUCCAACGUUUGAGAGGAGGGCGGGGUGUCGCUCCCUUUCGCUGAUGCAAGAGCCUAGCGCGGUGCUGGGAGAGGUAUCGGUAGGAGCUGCGCUCACUCUGGGCUCUGAAGCUGACCGGUGUGAUUUCCCGUCCUUGCCCAACCCGCUCGAACCGCAGCCAUGUCCGGGGACGAGAUGAUUUUUGAUCCUACUAUGAGCAAAAAGAAAAAGAAGAAGAAGAAGCCUUUUAUGUUAGAUGAAGAAGGUGAUGCCCAGACAGAAGAAACCCAGCCCUCAGAAACAAAAGAAGUAGAGCCAGAACCAACUGAAGACAAGGAUGUAGAGGCUGAUGAAGAGGACAGUAGGAAAAAAGAUGCUUCUGAUGACUUAGAUGACUUGAACUUCUUUAAUCAAAAGAAAAAGAAGAAAAAAACAAAAAAGAUAUUUGAUAUUGAUGAAGCUGAAGAAGGUGUAAAGGAUCUUAAGAUCGAAGGUGAUGCUCAAGAGCCAGCUGAGCCAGAGGAUGACCUGGAUAUUAUGCUUGGCAAUAAAAAGAAGAAAAAGAAGAAUGUCAAAUUCCCAGAUGAAGAUGAAAUACUAGAAAAAGAUGAAGCUUUAGAAGAUGAAGACAGCAAAAAAGACGAUGGCAUUUCAUUCAGUAACCAGACUGGGCCUGCUUGGGCAGGCUCUGAAAGAGACUACACAUAUGAGGAGUUGCUGAACCGAGUGUUCAACAUCAUGAGAGAAAAGAAUCCCGAUAUGGUUGCUGGAGAGAAAAGGAAAUUUGUUAUGAAACCUCCACAGGUUGUCCGAGUAGGAACCAAGAAAACAUCUUUUGUCAAUUUUACAGAUAUCUGUAAACUAUUACAUCGUCAGCCCAAACAUCUCCUUGCAUUUUUAUUGGCAGAGUUGGGUACAAGUGGCUCUAUAGAUGGUAAUAACCAACUUGUAAUCAAAGGAAGAUUCCAACAGAAACAGAUAGAAAAUGUCUUGAGAAGAUAUAUCAAGGAAUACGUCACUUGUCACACAUGCCGAUCACCGGACACAAUCCUACAGAAAGACACCCGACUCUAUUUCUUACAGUGUGAAACUUGUCAUUCUCGAUGUUCUGUUGCCAGUAUCAAAACUGGUUUCCAGGCUGUCACAGGCAAGCGAGCACAGCUCCGUGCCAAAGCUAACUAAUUUGCUAAUCACCAUUGAUUUUUUCCAAAAUGUGUGGUGGAGAUUUGGCUGGACAGGUUACCAUCAGAGUGGACGUACCAUUGAGUUAAAAACAAGAUAGAAAAUCUGCCAAGUUCUUUGGUGAGUGAUUGAUCUGAAAUCCUUGCAAGAUGCUGAUACUCAAGCUCAACAUCUUGUUGCCUACUUUAACAACUGUCAGAGAAACAUGAUGGGGUAAGGAGGUGCUUUUUAAAAUCAUUCAUAGACUUCUGUAAAGUGCAAGAUAAAUUAAAGUUAUUAUAACAGUGAAUCUUUCAA